CACACAGCAAGCGGGCAUUUUUAUUUCAAUCAGCGGUAGCUUGUGAAAAAUUGAGAAAAAUUAUUGCUGUUAGUUUACAACGUUUAAUAAGUAGAAAAUUAAUAUAUAAAUAACAUAGAAAAGCUGGAAGUCCACGUUCACGUAGCCGAAGCAUUUCCGCACGUCGCAGUUAUACCAAGUCGCCUGCUCGACGCAGCAAUGGACGCCGCCGGCAUUCCAGAGAAAAGGUUUAUAAAUCUCGCAGCCGUUCAAUUUCACGACACCCGCCUUCACCACCGCCACCGCCUACAGGACGUGGUGGUGUUCGCUGUUCAGAUGCCAGCCAAAGUUCUUCAACGUCACUAUCACCACGGCAAGGCCGUCGGAUGUCACGUUCCCGUUCUCGCAGUCCAUACGAUAAGCGACGCGGCAAUAGAGAAAAACCAGUACAAAACCGUUGUAUAGGAGUUUUUGGUUUGAGUGUUUAUACAACGCAACAAAAAAUACGUGAUAUAUUCUCUAGAUUUGGACCAAUCGAGAGGAUACAAGUAGUCAUUGAUGCACAGACUGGCCGAUCUCGUGGCUUUUGCUUUAUCUAUUAUGAUGAUAUAGCUGAUGCUAAGGCAGCCAAGGACGCAUGUUCCGGCAUGGAAAUCGAUGAUCGACGCAUACGCGUAGAUUACUCAACUACACAGAGACCACACACUCCCACACCUGGCGUUUAUAUGGGACGACACACAAGGCGUGAACGUGAAUAUAAUGAUCGUUAUCGCGAUGACUACCGUCCCCGCCGUCGUUCAGGUUCACCCUUUAAGAAUCGUAACAAUUAUCGUAACGAUCGUAGGCGUCGAUAUGAUCGAAGCCGUAGUCGUUCCUAUUCGCCACGGCGUGCACGUUAUUAGAACUGUUCCAUGUAAACAAAAAAAAAAAAAACUGAUCGCGCAUAAACUAAAAGCAAACAAACAAACACACGUACGUUAGUCCAUAGAUGUUGAUUCGCCAAAAAUUCUAAUAAAAAAAGGAAAAUAACUACAAUAAUAGUCUACAUUUUAAAAUUUAUAUCAACUCACAACAUAAAUAUUUUUCAAAACACAAGCUAUCG